AUGAAUCAGACGCCAUGGAAGUUCAAAACUUUUCGAGACCUUCUACUGAAAUCUGUAGCGGAGAGAGAUCUCUUCACUGGGAAAUCACUUCACGCGCUCUACGUGAAAUCCAUUGUAGCUUCGUCCACUUAUCUCUCAAAUCACUUCGUGAAUCUCUACUCCAAAUGUGGUCGCCUUUCCUACGCACGAGCCGCGUUCUACUCCACGGAAGAACCCAAUGUCUUCUCUUACAAUGUAAUUGUCAAAGCUUACGCGAAAGAUUCGAAAAUCCAUAUUGCACGCCAGUUGUUCGACGAAAUUCCCCAACCAGACACUGUCUCUUACAAUACUCUUAUCUCGGGGUACGCUGAUGCUAGAGAAACUUUUGCCGCAAUGGUUCUGUUUAAGAGAAUGAGAAAAUUGGGAUUUGAGGUUGAUGGGUUUACGUUAUCAGGGUUGAUAGCAGCUUGUUGUGACCGUGUUGAUUUGAUAAAGCAGCUUCACUGUUUCUCUGUCUCGGGAGGGUUUGAUUCGUACUCGUCUGUGAAUAACGCGUUUGUUACGUAUUAUAGUAAAGGCGGGCUUUUGAGAGAGGCGGUAUCGGUGUUUUAUGGGAUGGAUGAAUUAAGAGAUGAAGUUUCGUGGAAUUCGAUGAUUGUGGCUUAUGGGCAGCACAAGGAAGGAGCAAAGGCAUUAGCUUUGUAUAAAGAAAUGAUCUUUAAAGGAUUCAAGAUUGAUAUGUUUACAUUGGCAAGUGUUUUAAAUGCUCUCACUAGCUUGGAUCAUUUGAUCGGUGGCCGUCAGUUCCACGGUAAGCUGAUCAAGGCUGGAUUUCACCAGAACUCACAUGUGGGAAGUGGUUUGAUUGAUUUUUACUCAAAAUGCGGGGGUUGUGAUGGUAUGUAUGAUAGUGAGAAGGUAUUUCAAGAGAUUCUAUCGCCGGAUUUGGUUGUUUGGAAUACGAUGAUUUCUGGAUAUUCAAUGAACGAGGAACUCUCUGAAGAAGCUGUGAAGAGUUUUAGACAGAUGCAACGUAUUGGACAUAGACCUGAUGAUUGCAGUUUUGUCUGUGUCACAAGCGCUUGCUCGAAUCUCUCCUCUCCUUCUCAGUGCAAGCAGAUUCAUGGCUUGGCGAUCAAAUCUCACAUCCCUUCGAAUAGAAUCUCUGUGAACAACGCGUUGAUUUCGUUGUAUUACAAAAGCGGAAACCUGCAAGACGCAAGGUGGGUAUUUGAUAGAAUGCCGGAACUUAAUGCGGUAUCUUUCAAUUGUAUGAUCAAAGGUUAUGCGCAGCACGGGCAUGGAACAGAAGCUUUGCUUUUAUACCAACGGAUGCUGGACUCGGGUAUUGCGCCUAACAAGAUAACCUUUGUAGCCGUUCUUUCUGCUUGUGCGCACUGUGGUAAGGUCGACGAGGGUCAGGAGUACUUCAACACCAUGAAGGAGACGUUCAAGAUCGAACCAGAGGCUGAGCACUAUUCUUGUAUGAUUGAUCUUUUAGGCCGAGCAGGGAAGCUAGAAGAGGCAGAGAGAUUCAUAGAUGCAAUGCCUUAUAAGCCAGGCUCUGUUGCUUGGGCUGCUUUGCUCGGGGCUUGUAGGAAACACAAAAACAUGGCUCUUGCAGAGAGAGCAGCUAAUGAGCUUAUGGUGAUGCAACCAUUAGCUGCCACGCCAUAUGUGAUGCUAGCAAACAUGUAUGCAGAUGCCAGGAAAUGGGAAGAGAUGGCCUCGGUGAGGAAAUCAAUGAGGGGGAAAAGGAUAAGGAAGAAACCGGGAUGUAGUUGGAUCGAAGUGAAGAAGAAAAAGCAUGUAUUCGUCGCAGAAGAUUGGUCUCAUCCGAUGAUACGAGAAGUGAAUGAAUAUCUAGAGGAGAUGAUGAAGAAGAUGAAGAAAGUUGGGUAUGUGAUGGAUAAGAAAUGGGCAAUGGUAAAAGAGGAUGAAGCAGGCGAAGGGGACGAAGAAAUGCGGUUAGGACAUCACAGCGAGAAGCUAGCGGUGGCUUUUGGGUUGAUGUCGACUAGAGAUGGAGAAGAAUUAGUUGUAGUUAAGAAUUUGAGGAUAUGUGGGGAUUGUCACAAUGCUAUCAAGUUUAUGUCUGCGGUUGCAGGUAGAGAGAUCAUUGUAAGAGAUAACCUUCGGUUUCAUUGCUUCAAAGAUGGCAAGUGUUCAUGUGGGGAUUAUUGGUGA